GUUUUACUUGUGAAUUCAAACUCAUAAGAUCAGUCUCUGUGAAGUGAUUGAAGAUUCAAUUGGCACCAGGAAAGAUUUAAAUGCCUUUAAGCGGCUAAACGAAUAAAAAUUUAAAACAUUUUAUUGAAUUGAAAAAGUUGUUAAAGAAUUCAGUGGAAAUUUAAAAUUACUUCGAAAAACAAUAAAAUUUUUGAAAAGUCAAUUUGAGUUAAGCACAAAAGCAUUUUAAUAUUAUUAACAAUUGACUUCAUCAUCAAGAAAGUGUCAUUUGUUUGGUGCUUGUUCAAGUGUUUUCAAGCGACAAAAAUGUUUUAAUUCAUCGAGAGUGCAAAAUUUUAAACAAAUUGAGGACAACGAUGAAGAGUCUUGAAAGACAAGCACGGAAGGUGAGGAAGGGACAUUAUGUGGCGACACACAACAGCAGCCCAUCGCCACCUUAUGGAUCAACAAAUCGCGCUUAUUUCUCAGAUGGUGACGAUAGUCGACCACCUUCCGAACGAACAUUGUCAGAAUAUACGAUGGUGAACGAGCGAUCGUCACCUCCGACAGCUCCAUCGAGAAAGUCACGUGAACGUGAACGAUCCAAGAGUCAAAAUGGAAUCUACGAUGGUCCACGUCCCUUAUCUAGUCCCCCAAGUCGGCCUCCGCCAAGGGCACCCUCAGCUUUGAGUUACGAUCAUGGCGGUGAAAACGGUGAUAUUUAUGUGACAAGUGCGGUGUACAGAGCCCCAUCAGAGAUGAGCCGAUACUCGACACAUCGAGAACGUGAUCGCGUUUAUCAGCACUCGAAGCCACGCAGUAUCUACUCAGUUGCAAGCAGCAGAAAGACUGGUCGAAGUGGACGAAGCAUGCACUCGCAGAGACGCAUGGGAGCGAAGGUCGAAGCGAUGUCGGCUCCGAAUCCCUUUUGUCCCAAUAUCCGAGGCAUGUGUUGUCUCAUGCUUCUCAUUAAUCUCGGCUUGAUUCUCGUCACACUUGGCUUUGUCAUCGUCAUUCAGUUCGUGGAACCUUUCUUUGUCUGGGUUCUUGGGGUUGUCUUCCUCGUCUUUGGAUUUGCAACACUCAUUGGUUCGAUGAUUUAUUGUGUGAUUGUAUGCAAGGACGUGAAGACGCCGUCGCAAUUGCGAAACGAAGAUUUGUAUUGGACGAAACAUUGGCAGAAGAACAUCGGCUACACGCCACAUGAAAUCGACUACAAGACCGAUCCCGAUGGAUAUUCAGUCAGUAAAAUGAGUGGAAAAUAUUCUGAUCGAGCCAGCAGCAACACACGCUACUAACAUGAACGGCAACAAACAUUAACAACAGUGCCGUAACACAGAGAAGCGUUGUGAAUCGAUUAAAAUGCCAUGCGACGUAAGAAUGUAACUAAAAUCAACUUAUUAAGGAAACUAAAAUGUUUGUUUAAGAAUUUUUUUCCCUGCAACCGUAAAAUGACUUAAUUUAUUAAUUAAAGUACCUGAAAUACUUAAAACAUGAAAUGAAUAAAUUCGAAUGUUAUUAAAAAAUCAAAAAAUUGACAAAUGCCGUUAGAAAAGUUUUAAUAAUUUUUUUCUGCUUGUCAUGAUUUUAAAUUUCAGACAACGAGAGCGAAGACUAAGCUUGAAUGAUCUAAUGAACUACAAAAACGUCGCACUCAAUUGCAAUAAGCGCAGAUUUGUAAUGCGCGUUCUCAUUCCUUGAAUUUCUUGAGUAUUUACCACAGAAACCUUAAGUUGACAACCGAGGCAAGGCAAGAACCUUCUUAGCAUUAUAAUUAUCUAAAUAAUCAAUAAGUAUUUAUAACGAACA